AUGCUGAAAGGAAAGUUUGAUCGCUUUGGCCUGGGUUACAAACCAGAUAUGAAACAAAAGAGGAAAGAUGCAGAAAAAAGACAGGACAGAAGAAUGGCACGUUUGAGCGAAGAGGAAGUCAAGUGGAAGCCUUUGACCUUUCCCCACAUAUAUAGAUCCUUUGUGUCGGGUGGGUUUAUUUACCCUGAGCAAGGGGAGGUCAAGUAUUCAGAAUGGGUAGCAAACAUCGUCCCUGUUCCCAAAAAGGAUGGAAAGAAACAUAAUCCAGGAGAAUGGGACGAGGAAUGUCAGAAAGCUUUUGACAAGAUAAAGCAAUACUUGGCUAAUGCUCCAAUACUAUCACCACCUAGUCCAGAUAGGCCAUUGAUAUUGUAUCUAACGGUGUUUGACAAUUCCAUGGGAUGUGUCUUGGGCCAACAUGACGAAACAGGAAAGAAAGAAAGAUACAUGAUGGAAUCAACUGCUUUAAAUGGGAGAAUAGCUAGAUGGCAAAUUCUGCUCUCUGAAUUUGACAUAGUAUAUGUAAGUCAGAAGGCUAUAAAAGGAAGUGCAAUAGCUGAUUUUCUAACCAGCAGAGCCUUGGAAGACUAUGAGCCUUUGAACUUCGAUUUUCCAAAUGAGGACUUAAUGUAUGUGGCAAACACUGAAGAAAACCCUCGAAUAGACCACAUCUGGAAGUUAAAUUUCGAUGGAGCUUCAAAUGCUAUAGGUAAUGAAAUUGGGGCAGUCUUGGUAUUCCCAAGUAGAGAUCAUUAUCCUGUCGCUAGCAAGUUGGACUUCGAUUGCACAAAUAAUAUGGCAGAAUAUGAAGCAUGUAUUAUGGGUAUUUCUUCUACCAUUGAACGUAAAAUUAAAGUGCUAAAAGUGUAUGGAGAUUCCGCAUUGGUGAUAUACCAACUCAAAGGAGAAUGGGAAACCAGAGACCCUAAGUUGAUCAGUUAUAAAGAACUGGUUCUUGAAUUGAUUGACGAGAUUGAUGACAUCACUUUCUGUUAUCUCCCACGAGAUGAAAACUAG